AUGUCCACUGUAGCAGAGCUGCACACGUGUGGCAGGCAGCCCCCGCAGCUGGCCCCCAGCCACUCUACCUCCUGGAGCUCAGGCUCUCAUAUCAAAAACACAUGUUUGGGGGUGCUUCUGGUCUACCGGGUCACCCUGCUGGGCAACUCGCUGAUCCUCCUCACCCUGGCAGACGCUGCCCUGCACUCACCCAUGCACUUCUUCCUGCGCCACUUCUCUGUGGCGGGGCUCCUCUACACCAAGACCAUCGUGCCCAGGAUGCUGGCCGACCUCCUCUCCUCCGGCCCCACCAUCCCGCCCACCGGCUGCUUCACCCAGCUGUACUUCUCGCUCCCUGUCAUCGCUGAACGCAGCCUGCUCACGGCCAUGGCCAGUGACCGCUAUGCUGCCGUCUGCCGGCAGCUGCAUCACUCCACCCUGAUGGGCCAGGGAGUGUGUGUGCGCAUGGUGGGCACAUCCUACCACAUGGGUAUCAUCACCGGCACCACUCACUCCAUCUUCACUUUGCCUUUCCCUGGUGCCAACACCAUCCAUCACUUCCUGUGUGACAUCCUGCCUGUGCUGAGGCUGGCCAGCUUGAGCACCUUGUGGGGUGAAGUGGGCAAUCUUGCCCUCACGAUAGCCUUUAUCCUGACCCCCUUCUCACUGACUGUAGCCUCCUAUGCCCGUAUUCUUAGCAUCAUCCUUGGGGUCGCGACAUCCCAGGGACGUUGAAGAAUCUUCUCUACCUGUUCCUCCCACCUACUUGCAAUCAUGCUCUUUUUUGGGACGGGGACUGUUGCCUACAUGAGGCCAUGGGCAGGCUCCUCCCAGGACGGGGACCAGAUCCUUGCCCUCUUCUACACAGCUGUCACUCCCAUGUUCAACCCUUUGGUCUACACUCUGAGAAACAAGGAGGUCACGGCAAUGAGGCAGCUCGUGAAGAGAUAUGUCUGGAGCCCUUGACCCCCUCAAGUUCUUGGAGAUAAGGGCCUGAUCCUUGGAGAUUUUCAAGGAGGAGGGCUCAGCUGGAGUCCCUGCUCUGGGUGGUGUGGGUGCCAGCUCGAGGGCCCAGGGCUCUGACCUGCUGCUCAGAGCUUGGCUUCUGGGGCCUGUUCUUAUGGCCUUGACCUGACUUGUUUGUAGGUACAAAGCUGGAGAGACAUGCACUUGGGGGAGGUUGAGGAGGUGCCCGUUUUGUGCG